AUGAUCAGCGCCAAGAAACUCAUCAAGUUAGCAAGAAAGUGGCAAAGGAUAGCUGCCCUCAAGAGAAAAAGGAUUUCGCUACCAGGGUUCAGUAAAAGUAGCACAUCAUCAUCAGUGGCAGAUAAGGGUCAUUUUAUUGCUUACACAAGUGAUCAAAAUAGGUUUGUGUUUCCCAUAACAUAUCUUAGCAGCCACAUAUUUCAAGAACUUCUGAGGAUUUCUGAGGAAGAGUUUGGUUUACCAGGCAAUGGUCCAAUCACAUUGCCAUGUGAUGCAACCUUCAUGGAGUAUGCAAUCUCAUUGAUCAGAAGUUGUGUUGACAGACAAAUGGAGGAAGCUUUAGUCAUGUCCAUUGCUAGUAAUAGAUGCUCAUUAAUGUCUCAGUCUCUCCAGCAUGGACAAAUUGGCCACCAAUCACUUAUUUGUAGCUGUUGA